AAUAUUAAGACUCUCACCUACUUUACAUGACACCGGCUGUAACUUCUCGCGGUAAUUUGGUUUAAACAGAUGAAUUUGCAGAGCUUUAAUGGCGCUGUUCAUCCUUGCAACGUUUUCUGUGCUGCUAUAUUGUGGUCACUGCUUUGACUACAAAGUUGUAGACCUGACACAUACUCAUGGAAAUGACUCUAUUUACUGGCCAACACAUACGGGAUUUGAGCUAAUUUAUAGUCAGAGAGGAAACUAUGGAGACGAUUUAUGGGUAGCAGCAUAUACACUUAAAACAACAGAACAUCUUGGAACCCAUCUGGACGCACCUGUUCAUUUCAACCAAUAUUCAUGGACAACCCAUCAAAUACCGAUUGACCAUUUAGUUGGACCAGGAGUCAUAAUUGAUGUAAAAGACAAGGUCAAAAAUGAUAUCGACUAUCGGGUAACUGUAGCUGAUAUACAAAAAUGGGAGGAGAAUAAUGGGCGUAUACCUAAUGGCGCCAUAGUUAUUAUGAACUCCGGUUGGCAUGAAAGGUAUCCUGAUAAGAAACGUGUUUUCAACACAGAAGAUCCGAUUGAUACAAAGACUUUUCACUUUCCAUCUUGGCACGAAGAUACUGUCGCAUGGAUGGUGGCACACCGCACAAUUCACGUACUUGGUGUUGAUUCCCCAUCUUUGGAUUAUGGCCAGAGUAGGAAAUUUCCUGUACAUGCUCUGAUCAGUUCCGAAAACAUAUGUGGUUUGGAAAACGUUGGUUACUUGGACAGAAUACCGGUCAGUGGGACUAUUAUUUCAAUAGGAGCUAUGAAAACUGAAGAUGGUAGUGGAAGUCCAGCACGAGUCAUUGCUUUGAUUCCACAGGGAGAGAGCACAAGUGGCUCUAGCAGGCAGCAGCCAUUUUUAAUUCUUAGUAUUUUGUGUUUGAUUUACCAUAUACUGGUGACUUACUAAAACAACCUUAUUUUCUUGUUUUGAAUGUUGAAUGAUUAUUAUAUGUACAUUUGUCAUAAUGAAUCAUAUAUACAUGUGAGCGUAUUUCCAGA